GCCAAGCCCCCGCCCACUCUUCCCCGCUAAUUCCAAUGCUGCGCACGACCUUCCUCCGCUCCUCGCAGGCGCUCCGCUGCUCGCGCGCGCUGUCCUCCGUCGCGUCCAAGGACCAGGUGGGCGUCAUCGGCCUGGGCCAAAUGGGCGGCCGCAUGGCCGACAACCUCCGCAAGCACGGCCACAAGCUCGUCGUGUGCGACCCCGUGCCCGCCAACGUGCAGAAGCAGGUGGACCAGGGCGGCGCCGUCGCCGCCGCCACGCCCGCCGAGGUGGCCGAGCAGUGCGACACCAUCGUCACCAUGCUGCCGUCCACGGCCAUUGUCGAGAGCGUCUACCUGGGCGACAGCGGCGUGCACGAGGCGCUGCGCGACGAGCACCUGCUGCUGGACUCGAGCACGAUCGACCCGAUCUUCACCAAGAAGCUGUCGACGGAGCUGCACGCGCGCGGCGCGACGUUCGUGGACGCGCCGGUGUCUGGCGGCGUGGCUGGCGCGCAGAACGGGACGCUGACGUUCAUGGUGGGCGGCGAGCCGGAGGAGUUCGAGCGCGUCAAGCCGCUGCUCAAUGCCAUGGGCAAGAAUCUCGUGUACUGCGGUGGCAGCUCUACCGGCCAAGUCGCCAAGCUGUGCAACAACCUGGCGCUGGCCAUUCAGAUGGCGUCCGUGGCGGAGGCCAUGAACCUCGGUACGACGCUGGGCAUUGACCCCAAGAUUCUCAAGAACAUCAUGGACACGUCUACGUCUUCGUGCUGGUCGACUCUUGUCAACCACCCAUACCCGGGUAUGAUGGAGAACGUGCCGGCGUCGAACAACUACGAGGGAGGUUUUGCCGUUGCACUGCACCGGAAGGACCUGGGACUGGCCAUGGACUGCGCCAAGCAGGCCGAAGUGUCCAUCCCUUUGACGUGCCAGGUGCACCAGAUCUACAACAUGAUGGUCUCGAGCGGCCACGGCAAGAAGGACUUCAGCUACCUGCUCCCGUACCUCAAGAACGGCAAGUAGACGUGAGAGAUGAGAUAACCAGGUAGCUUUGGCUGCCGCAAUUCUGUGUGAUGUCGACCCGUACCUUCACGCAACAAAAACAACAAAAUGAAUUACGCAUUGAAGGUCAUCUU